AGCUCAUAAUUUUUAUCGAUCGAUCGGAUUGUUUUGAACAUACGACUUGAAUUUCACAUUCCUAGCGCGUGAUAUGGGUUCCGGAGAAGGUAAGCCCCAUUGGAGCGUAUAUGAUGGCGUGAAGAUCAUAAUCGCGGCGACACCUGAGGCUCUGAUGGCAGAGAUCGAUUCGGCUAUUUCCAAUCUUGAGCAUGCUCGUGCCACAUCUCUUCUCGAAUCUUCCUCUUCCUAUUUCCCGAACCAGAGUUCUGGUGCUUAUUUGAUGGCUCAAUAUGAUGCCCGCGAGGCUGACGAAGCUUACAAAGCAGGGUGUGCUGCCUUGGCUGCUGGCAAGCUUGAUGAGGCUCUCCAUUCUUUGAACAUUUCUCUUUCCAAAUGCCCACCUGAUAAGACCUCGGCCGUUGCUAAGCUACAGUCUUUGAUUUCUCUUACGUCUCAGCAACUUCAAAGAUCUGCCAACUGAACCAUUGAAGCUUCUGUUGUCAAAACCUGUUCCUAUUUUCCCUUCAAGAACUAUGCUUUGUGGUCAGACGCAUGCGUCCGGUGAGUUUUUCCCGAUAAGUUAAUCUGUUGGAAUAAAAUAGCAAUUGCGGGAUUAUUUUAGAGCUCUUCAUUUCCACCGAAGUACUGGACUUGUUUACAACUUGCAAGGGCUAUAGCACUUAGGUUCAUUAUUGAAAAUUUUCAGAUUUAAUCCAGAUCCUCGGUUCUGCCCAGACUAAGGUUUUAUAAAUGGUUUUUAGGAUUAUCCUCUCAUGUUGGCUCUGGCAAUAUUUUCAUCACCAAACAGAACAGAGCGGCACUUCAGCAACUAAAAUGGGGAUGCACACCUAUUUUUAUGAACCUUAAAUAGGUUCAUUAGAUAGAUCAUGAAAAUCAUGAUAACAGAAUUUACACUAUAACUACAGGAUCUCGUUCAUUCAACUGUUAAUACUCUUUGUACGUCAAUUUGUCUGUCAUGUGCAACUGAGCAUAGGCAAUUUGACCUCUCAAGUUUGCUAUGAAAUUAGGCAAGCAACUGUGCCUGAUAUAAGAUCAAUUUUCAAUGUCUAGUUAUAAGCUUCUGCCCUUGCAAACGUCUUAUUUGAUCUGUUAUGAGAAGUUAUUAAUGUUUGUUACUCUUUAUGAUAAUGACAUGAUUGUUAUAUUAACUGCUACUUUAACCUUGUCUUUGAAUAUUAAUUACGGAUGUUGUUGGGAUUUUCCUACAAUUAAACUGUGGAGCUUCAAGGAGACGUACAAGAAUAGAUUUGGAACAAGCAUUACACGUGGACCCUUCUGGAAAAGUUUCCGUCUUGUCUAGCGUCCAGAGUCCAGACAUCUUUGCUUGGGUAACUUGACAUAAUCCCCUGAAAUCAUGCGAGUCCAUAUCUAUAAUAAGAUGGGAAAAAAGAUUUUGCCGACGCCGUUGUUUUUUCAAUAGUAACUUUCAAUUGGAGACAACCAAUUUAAGCAAAUUAAUGAAACAGCAGCAUUGGUUGGGUGGUACGUCUUUUGAACCAUGACUUUAGCUUAAAGUGUAUCUCUGGAUAAGUUCCCCAAUUCGCACACGGAUACAAGCACCAUCAAGGCAGUCAAGACGGAAAGUGUCAGUGAUAUCACUAUAUCAGGGCGCUGCGAGGCCACUAUCAAAAAAGCAGGUCAAUUAAAACAUCAGCAUAUGCGUGAAUAUGCAGGUAUUAAUAGUUACCGUAUAUAUUCUCAUGUUCUGACAAAUCAAUCAGCAAAACUGGAACCAUGGGCGUGUUCUACCAUGAAGAGCCUCCAAACCAUACUGCUACUAAGAGAUACAAUUGUCUUGCCGCAACAUUGAAGGAAGCAUUUUCCCAUUGCCGUACUUCCCGUGGGCGGCUUUCAACUGCAAGCCUCGAUGAGGAGUGCCCAAACAGCGAUUUUGAUGAGGAACAGGAAGUGGUUGUCUCAGCGGUUAAAAGUAGAGCCAUGGAGAGACAAAAGCACAAGCCAAGUGUCGCGAGAGACAACUUUUCCUGGGUUUACUCUCCUGAGACAAGAGAACUGUAUAUCACUCAGAUGGUGGCGCUACAUGAAAGGGAAGACGUCGACGAUGAUGAAAAGGAAGAGUUUUUGUCGGUUAAAAGUUGUUUCUCAUGUCACUCAAGUCGUUUGAGCGGAGAACCGUUUUAUUCUGUGAAGACAAACUUCUCGCCGUGUUCAAGCUUGAACGACCUUGAUUUCUCUGAAUAUUGGAGGCGCUCCAUUAUUCAAGAACUCUGUCACUGCGAGGGGUGGCCAUUUGGUCUCUGCCGGAAAGCCGUGUUGCUACCACCCCUGCCCAAGUCACCUUCAGAGUCAUGGCUGUGGCGUAGAAAGCAGCAGAGUACAAAAGAUGCCUAAAGUUAUUUAGCUUCUGUUGAAGUCAACCACAGUUUAUGUUUCGUAUCCGUAUAAGAAAUAAAUUCUGAUGUAACUCGUAAGACGAGACGAGAAAUGUACGAGUGCGUGAGAGUCAUUCCCAGAGUAGAGGAUGAAUUAUGAUGCAUAAUGCAUAAUGCCCGGCAUAAAAGACGACGAAUGGAAAUGUGCAUAAAAACAUAUUUUUAUUUUGUUUAAAAAUAAUAAAAAACAAAUUUCAUAAA